AUGGCUUUUCAUCACAUCAAGGUUAAUCAUGUUUGUUGUGAAUAUGCGUCAGUCAAGAAUGACAAGAGUGAACUCUUACGAGCAUGUGUCAUAGCAAACUUUCAAGAAAACACCGUGACCUUCUGGCCUCCAUCUCAUGGUGACUCCGAACACAUGUAUGUCGAUGCCACUCCCCUUACAAGCGUCCAGUGGCUGCAGGACUGCUCUUUACAUAACAGUCUACUGCUGCAAGAAUUGUUCAUUGAAAUUACACUGAUCAUAGAGAAAAAUUAUAAACUUUCUCUUUUUCUUCCCAAACAGGACCAAUUUGACAACUUAGAAAAACACACACAAUGGGGAAUUGAUAUUCUUGAGAAAUACAUCAAAUUUGUAAAGGAAAGAACAGAGAUUGAACUCAGCUAUGCAAAGCAACUCAGGAAUCUUUCAAAGAAAUAUCAACCUAAGAAAAACUCAAAGGAAGAGGAAGAAUACAGAUAUACAGCAUGCAAAGCCUUCCUUUCCACCUUGAAUGAGAUGAAUGACUACGCAGGACAGCAUGAGGUCAUCUCCGAGAACAUGACCUCCCACAUCACUGUGGAGCUGGCUCGAUACGUCCAGGAACUGAAGCAGGAGAGAAAAUCGGUAACAAAACCUUGGUUUUUCUUCCCAAGAACCAGAAAUAAUGAAAAUACCCCCUGAAACUUUAGCAUGAAA